UGCUUUCAGUGCAUUCAUCAACUGGGGGUUAUAGUACUGCUGUGCUCCUCCAUUAUUGCCUUUUUCUUAUUUUGAGCCGACAUUGCUUUUGUUUUGUAAUUCUGAAAAGAAAGUAGCGUAAUAUUCCUCCAUUUACUAAUGUCGAAUUACUUUUACACUUGUUGCAAACUUGCAAUAUAAUAUGGAGUGGGGAUGACAAAUUAAAGAAAAGUCCAAAGAAGCUUCUUUUCUGCAUCAACAAAAACCAGCAACUUUGGGGGUACUCAUCAGAAAGAGCCCUCUCCUCCUUUAUCUCGUCCCUCGUGCUUUCAGUCAAGCUUAUUCUCUCUUUCUCUUUUCUUUUCUUUUCUUUUCAUCUUCUUUAUUGAGUAGCUUCUCAAGGUUUUCCCUGGGUGUGUCUCUUCUGGGUUGAAAGUUUGAUGUCUACACCAUUAGAGCAUGAUUAUAUAGGCCUGUCAGAGCCUUCUUCAAUGGAAAGAAGUUGCGAUAAGGUCUCAUCCUCAACCGUGUCUUCUGAGGAUGAGAAGAACAAUGUUCUGAACUUGAAGGAGACGGAGCUGAGGCUUGGUUUGCCCGGUUCAGAGUCUCCUGAGAGGAAGGCUGGACUUGGGGUGUCCCUUUUUGGGAAGGAUUUGGAGGAAAAGAGCAGUGGGUAUGCUCCCAGCCCUCUGAAAAACUUCGUCUCUGGUGCUAAAAGAGGGUUUUCUGAUGCCAUUGAUGGUCCUGACAAGUGGGUUUUCUCUGGGAAUGGCGGAUCUGAGGUUGAUUUGGGCAAAUGUGCCCCUUUGUUCUCUCCUAGGGGUGGGAAAAAUGGUUUGGAGAGUAGCAGUGCGCAGCAGUCUGGGACUAGCUUGAAAGGAGUUGUUCCUCCUUCCCCGAAACCUGUUCAAGAGAAGAAUACCCAGCUUUCUCCUGCGAAUCAGCACGGUACUGCUCCUGCUGCCAAGGCACAAGUGGUAGGAUGGCCCCCAAUUCGAUCUUUUCGGAAGAAUACCAUGGCAACAAAUUCUGCAAAGAACUUUAACGAGGAUGAAAAGGCAGGAUCCGGGUGCCUUUAUGUUAAAGUUAGCAUGGAUGGUGCUCCAUACCUAAGGAAAGUUGAUCUGACAACAUACUCCAACUAUAUAGAACUCUCAUCAGCUCUUGAGAAGAUGUUCAGUUGCUUUACAAUUGGGCAGUGCAGUUCACAAGGACUUCCAGGGAAAGAUGGGCUUAGUGAAAGUAAUUUGAUGGAUCUUCUCCAUGGCUCUGAGUAUGUGCUUACAUAUGAAGACAAGGACAGUGAUUGGAUGCUUGUUGGCGAUGUUCCAUGGGAUAUGUUCAUUGAUACAUGCAAGAGAUUGAGGAUCAUGAAAGGUUCGGAGGCAAUUGGACUAGCUCCAAGGACCAUGGAGAAGUGUAAGAACCGGAACUAAGCACCGGUAAGGCUAAAAAGAGAAAGGGAAGACCAAAGGGUUUUUAACUAGAUGGCAGUGUCUGUUCCAGGAUAUGGUGAUGUUUUUAAGCUGUAGGCAUAUUUUAGGGAGACAUAUAAAUGGAGGAUGUCCAGAUGUUUAGGUUAUUCUAUUGGUUGGCUCAACUCAAUCUGCAUUCCUGUAUUAGAAGAGAAAUUGGUCUAUGUAAAUUGAGUGCUUGCUAUUCUCCUAAAGAUAAUGCUUUUAAAAGAUUGCUAUUAGGGGUGUAACGGUUCGGAUUGGUUCGGUUCUAUAAAAAUUUAGUAAUCGAAUUAUUUUUAA